UCUCCCUGGGUCGCGCGCUUUAGUCUAUCACAUGCACGAGCAUCUCGGAGGCGAGCUGAGCGCGGCCUCGUGAGUUCCGUCCUCCGGUCCUCUCUCUCUCUCCCUCCCUCUCUCCCCCGCUCACCGCGGCUGUUUGUCGGUGUGGAUCCGGACUCUUCUCCCGGUUCUUGUCCCGGUUUAACUUGAGGCGCUUCGGUUCCUCCUGCUCCUCCUGCUCCUCCGGUUCCUCCUGCUCCUCUGGUUCCUCCUGCUCCUCUCCGCCUCCCUGGAGUAUUUUUCUUGACCCGGUUCUGGUGCUUCCUCCGGUCCAGGAUGUCUUGGAGUCUGGUCUCGGUCCCGGUUCUUCUUUCACUCAUCUGCGCUCAGCUCACCGCGGGAGUCCCGGACGGACCGGACGUCCAAGUGAUUGACGUGUUGGGCCUCCAGGACCCGAAGCAGACGGUCGCAGCCGUGGAGAAGCUGUCGGCCGGUCUGAGCGCGCUCAGUGACGUCUACGUGGUGUCGACGUUCCGGCUGCCGGCGAAGCUCGGCGGCGUCCUGCUCGGCCUCUACAGCAAACAGGACAACAGGAAGUACGUGGAGGUCGCCAUCAUGGGGAAGAUCAACAAAGCCCUGGUCCGUUACGUCAGGGCUGAUGGGAAGCUCCACACCGUGAACCUCCAGAACGCCAACCUGGCCGACGGCCGGACUCACUCCAUCAUCCUGAGGCUGGGAGGCCUCCAGCGCGAGAGCAUGAACAUGGAGCUCUACGUCGACUGCCGAUUGGCCGACUCCAGCCAGGCCCUGCCGCCAUUGGUCCCUCUGCCCAGAGAGGCGGAGAUGGUGGAGAUCAGACACGGGCAAAAGGCUUACGCCCGACUCCAGGGGGCGGUGGAGUCCCUCAGACUGGCUCUAGGGGGCAGCGUUGCCAAAGCUGGAGCUCUGACAGAUUGUCCGUUCCAAGGAGAUUCAUCCGCCUACAACUCAGUGGGGACUGAGGUCAACUCCAUCCUGGGUGACCACACCAAGGCUCUGAUCAGUCAGCUGAUCAUCUUCAAUCAGAUCCUGGGGGAACUGAGACAGGACAUCAGGGAACAGGUGAAGGAGAUGUCUCUGAUCAGAAACACCAUCCUGGAGUGUCAGGUUUGUGGGUUCCAUGAGCCUCGGUCCCGUUGUUCUCCUAACCCCUGUUACCGAGGCGUCCCCUGCAUGGACAGUCCCCACUACCCAGGGUUCACCUGUGGACCAUGUCCCCCUGGGACCAGCGGCAACGGGACGCACUGCAGGGACAUCGACGAGUGUGAGCUGCUGCCAUGUUUCUCUCCUGGAGCCUGUGUGAACACCGUGGGGGGGUUCAGCUGUCAGCCGUGUCCUCCAGGCCUGUGGGGGGCGCCACUGGCUGGAACUGGCCUGGACUUCGCCAAGACACACCGACAGGAGUGUGUGGACAUCGAUGAGUGUGUAGAUCUACCGGACGUCUGCGUCUCAAACUCCAUCUGCAUCAACACGGUGGGCUCCUACAAGUGUGGAGGCUGCAAACCCGGUUUCCUUGGUAACCAGACGUCGGGAUGCCACCCCAGGAAGUCGUGCGCCGCGUUGACCUUUAACCCCUGUGACUCCAACGCCCACUGCACCAUGGAGAGGAACGGAGAGGUGGCCUGUAGGUGUAACGUGGGCUGGGCCGGUAACGGGAACACGUGCGGCGUGGACACGGACAUCGACGGAUACCCCGACCACUCGCUGCCCUGCAUGGACAACAACAAGCACUGCAAACAGGACAACUGCAUGUUCACUCCAAACUCUGGGCAGGAAGACGCCGACAACGACGGCAUCGGAGAUCAGUGCGACGAGGACGCAGACGGAGACGGCAUCAAAAAUGUGGAGGACAACUGCAGACUGGUCCCCAACAAAGACCAGCAGAACUCAGACAGCGACUCGUUCGGAGACGCCUGCGAUAACUGUCCCAACGUCCCCAACACGGACCAGAAAGACACGGACAGCAACGGACAGGGGGACGCCUGCGACCAGGACAUUGAUGGAGACGGUAUCCCCAACGUCCUCGACAACUGUCCCAAAGUACCAAACCCCAUGCAGACGGACAGAGACAGAGACGGAGUCGGAGACGCCUGUGACAGUUGUCCUGAGCUCAGUAAUCCCAUGCAGACGGACGUAGACAACGAUCUGGUCGGAGACGUCUGUGACACCAACCAGGACACGGACGGAGACGGUCACCAGGACAGCAGAGACAACUGUCCAGACAUCCCCAACAGUUCCCAGCUGGACUCAGACAACGACGGCCUCGGUGACGACUGCGACCACGACGACGACAACGACGGCGUCUUGGACGACUACGACAACUGUCGACUGAUCGUCAACCCCAACCAGAAAGACUCGGACGUGAACGGUGUUGGAGACGUCUGUGAGAACGACUUCGAUAAUGACGCUGUGAUGGAUUUAUGGGACGUUUGUCCAGAGAGCGCUGAGGUCACUCUGACCGACUUCAGAGCCUAUCAGACGGUCAUCCUGGACCCGGAGGGCGACGCCCAGAUCGACCCCAACUGGGUGGUUCUCAACCAGGGGAUGGAGAUCGUCCAGACCAUGAACAGUGAUCCUGGUCUAGCCGUGGGCUACACAGCGUUCAACGGCGUCGACUUCGAGGGAACGUUCCACGUCAACACGGUGACGGAUGACGACUACGCCGGCUUCAUCUUCGGGUACCAGGACUCGUCCAGCUUCUACGUGGUGAUGUGGAAGCAGACGGAGCAGACGUACUGGCAGUCGCUGCCCUUCAGAGCCAUGGCCCAGCCGGCCCUGCAGCUCAAGGCGGUGAAGUCUCGGACGGGACCGGGUGAGUUCCUGAGGAACGCCCUGUGGCACACGGGCGACACCCCCGGGGAGGCCAAGCUGCUCUGGAAGGACCCGCGCAACAUCGGCUGGAAGGACAAAACCUCGUAUCGUUGGCAGCUCAGCCACCGGCCACAGGUGGGCUACAUCAGGGUGAAGCUGUUUGAGGGAACCGACAUGGUGGCGGAUUCUGGCGUCGUCAUCGACACCACGAUGAGAGGAGGUCGACUCGGAGUUUUCUGCUUCUCCCAGGAAAACAUCAUCUGGUCCAACCUGCGCUACAGAUGUAACGACACGGUGCCUGAAGACUUCCAGUCUCAUCGUAAACAGGUUCUGAUGCACAUCCAGGUCUGAGCGGCUCGGCCGGACUCUUCCAGUCUAAUCCCAGAGUGAAUGUGACCGUGUGGAACUGAAUGAAGAGUCAGCACUGAUCAGUCUGGAGAAACACUCCAGGAGCACCUGAACGCACCACCUGUGUCUGUCUGUCUGUGUGGCGUUCAGUGUCUUCCUGACCUUUAAUAUCGAUAAAAACUGAGUGUCUGUGGUGAGUUCAGUGGCUUUAAUAAAAUCAGGAAAGUA